AUGCCUAAAAAUAUUAAUAAUGAUACCCCCGCCAGUCCAAUAUCGCACUGGCCCCACACUGAUAGAAUUACGGGCACAUUACAAGAUGAUACUGUCAUAGAUUUAGUGCUCGAAGACGAAGAGAAUAUAAAAUUGCGAAGAAGAAACCUAUCAACGCUUUCAUCAAAUGAUAGCUUAAUACCAUCCCCAGCGCGUAUGGUUGAAAAUGGAACCGCUCACCACCAGCUAUUGGACUUAAUGGCAUUCAAGGAAGAAACUAUGACGAGAUUACUGGCCCAAGAAUUGAACAUGCAGGAAAUGUCAUCAAAUUUUCAAAAUCUAAAAACGUCACUUAACGACCUAAGUUCAAAAUACGAGCACCUUAAAGAAGAUUUCGAUAAACUGCUGGCCUCUGUGGGAAAUACAGCCGAAAUACACAAUAUAACCAAGCGCAUCGAAAAUCUGGAAACCAAUAAAAAUGAGAUAGACUCCGAGAUAGAUCUUUUGAAGCAAAAAUUAAAUGCCACUGAAAACAAACUCUUACUAUCUUCUAUUACUGCAUCGCCCUGUGCGCGUAAGCAGAGGCCUCUUACCUACUCAGAACCGUCUCAAACUAAAGACUCCAUUUCUGACACAUGUGAUAGUAAAUCAACAGAAUCGGAAACGAAAAGUCAAAAGGAGUCAGUAAAACAAAAGAAAAUCAAGCAUUCAUUAGCCACCAAAAAUAAUGCGCCAUUAGUGACAUCUACGGCUAGCUCGGAAACUAAUCUAACUAAAACCAAGACCAAUGAAACAUGCGGCUAUAAUAUUACCGCGGAAACCAAUGAGAAUAAGAUAAAAUUAUGUAUUUUGAGCAACCAUAAAAAAUUGGGAACACUGCAAGCCAUAGAGAAAUCAUUCGAACAGAGCGUCGAAUACUUCCAUCACGCCGCGCCAGAUGGAGGACUAGAAGAACUUUUUGAUGAGAGCGUGUUCGACUCCGAGGUGUUCCCAUCGACAUACAGUGUACUGCGCUGCGACCGAGCCGGGGGGCGGGGCGGCGGCGUGCUGCUCGCAGCGCGAGCGCCCUAUUCCGCCUCGCGGCUCGAUUCAGAAUGCAAUCUACAGCAAAAAAAUACAGUGUUCAAUGAUCUCGGUAGAAUGCUAGAUUUAGUAUUGGUUAAUGAGGCUGUGGCUGGAGCAUUGGUGUCCACUUGUGAGGGUAUCGUUUCCAAGGAAGUCCACCAUGUUCCAUUAGAAAUAACUUGGGUGCUAACAAUCAGUACUGCCAACACAAGAAUCAAAACGCUCUCAGCAAAGCAGUUCCCUCGCGACUUCGUUUUUGGCGUUGCUACUGCAGCUUACCAGAUAGAAGGGGCAUGGGAUGUUGACGGUAAGGGUACCUCGAUAUGGGACUACCUGGUGCGCACGGACCCUGACCACAUCACAGAUAAGAGCAACGGAGACAUCGCCGCUAACUCUUAUUAUAACUACAAAAGGGAUAUCGAAAUGUUGAAGGAGUUAGGCGUUACACAUUACAGGUUCUCCAUAUCCUGGACAAGAAUUCUUCCAUUUGGCCGAGCCAACUACGUCAACCAACGGGGCAUCGAUUAUUACAAUAAAUUCAUCGAUGAACUGCUUGCAAACGAUAUCGUACCUUUUGCGACCAUCUACCAUUGGGACUUGCCGCAAAUUCUUCAGGAACACGGUGGUUGGCUGAAUGAGAAGAUGGUUGACUGGUUUGGUGACUAUGCACGAAUCGUGUUUCAAAACUUUGGUGAUCGCGUUAAGCUCUGGAUGACAAUAAAUGAGCCGUUUGUCCAUUGCUACUUUAGCUACGGUUACGGCGUCCAUGCUCCUAAAAUCAGAUCCCCAGGCGUUGGUUUCUAUGAGUGUGGAAGGCAAAUUUUGCUGGCGAAUGCCAGGGCAUACCAUAUAUACAACGAUGAGUUUAGAAGUACGCAAGGUGGUAAAGUUGGUAUCGGUUUGAAUUGCGAACAUGUAUUCCCUGCUUCGGAUUCGAAAGAUGAUAUUGAAGGCACCAAAGACUACUUAGCUAUCCACUUCGGCCAAUACAUGCACCCGAUCUUCUCAAAAUCUGGUAACUACCCGCAGCGAUUGAUACACCGAGUGCAGACUGCUAGCACUGCUCAAGGACUCAACUCCUCAAGACUGCGCGGCUUCAAUCAAGACCAGAUUGCCUACAUUAAAGGCAGCGCAGAUUUCCUGGGACUCAACCAUUAUUACACUAAAUAUGUGUAUAGGAACAGUUCUGUGAUUGGAAUGUUCGAGGUACCUUCGAUGGACGAUGAUGCGUUUGCGGAUUCGUAUUUGGAUCAGUCUUGGCCGAGAUCGCACGCUCCAUGGAUCAGGGAGUAUGGACCUGGUCUGCAUUACCUCCUGGCCUACAUAAAGGAGACAUACGACAACCCCCCGGUGUAUAUAACGGAGAACGGAGUAUCAACUACUGCAGGCCUGAACGACCACACCCGAGUGUCCUAUUAUAGAAGUUAUCUUAGCGCGGUGCUUGAUGCGCUGGCUGAAGGCUGUAACGUCCAAGGAUACUUUCCCUGGAGCUUAAUGGACAAUUUUGAGUGGGCUGCCGGUUAUAGCCAACGCUUCGGCCUAUACGAGGUGGACUGGGAAGACCCGGACCGAACCAGAACGCCCAGGAAGUCAGCCUUCGUCUACAGAGAAAUUAUCCGUAGUCGGCUGCUUGACUACGACUACGAUCCGGAUCCAUACGCCGGCGGCGCGCGCGCCGUCACCAGCUCUCUCCUUGUUUUACUUAUUGUUGUUUUAACAGUAUUAUUUAGCUAA